AUGCCUCCUGUGCCCAAUAUUUCAGGGCCGUCAAAAAAGUCUGCUGAUGGAAAGAAAGAUAAGAAGAAGAUGGUGAUGAGGGCUCAGCACAGACGGAGGCAGCAGGAAGAACACACGCUUAAGGAGUUAGUUCAGGCUGUCGACAGCUUCGACCCUUCCACUGCAGAAUUGUUUGCGGGUUUGCCCUUAUCUCUUCCUACACAGCGUGCCCUCCGCGCCGCAUCCUACACCACACCUACCACGAUCCAGGCCCGCACGCUCCAGCACACUCUGCGCGGACGAGACGUGCUCGGCGCAGCGCGCACGGGCUCGGGCAAGACCCUUGCCUUCCUCCUCCCCGUUCUCGAGCUCCUCUGGAGAAGCAAGUGGGGUCCACAAGAUGGUCUGGGCGCGCUCAUCAUCUCCCCCACACGGGAAUUAGCGAUGCAAAUAUUCGAGGUACUUCGGAGCGUUGGGCAGUAUCACAGCUUCUCAGCUGGGUUGGUCAUUGGGGGAAAGAACGUGAGGGACGAACAGGAAAGGCUGACGAGGAUGAACAUAUUGGUCGCUACACCUGGACGGCUUUUACAGCACAUGGAUCAAACAGCGGGAUUCGCUACGGACAACCUGCAGAUCCUUGUGCUGGAUGAAGCUGACCGAAUCCUGGAUAUGGGAUUCUCUCACACCAUCAAUGCGAUCAUUGCGAAUCUUCCCAAGACCCGCCAAACGCUGCUCUUCAGCGCCACCCAGACGCAGUCCGUCAAGGAUCUUGCCCGCCUGAGUCUGAAAGACCCCGAGUUCGUCUCCGUUCGCGAAGCCGGGCAGGAGCUCGCAACGCCCAAGAACCUGGAGCAGCACUAUCUCGUGUGCGAACUGGACAAGAAACUCGACGUACUCUACUCGUUUAUCAAAGCGCAUCUAAAGAGUAAGGCACUCGUCUUCCUCUCAAGCGGCAAGCAGGUUCGCUUCGUGUUCGAGGCCUUCCGCAAGCUCCAGCCGGGAAUACCAUUACUCCACUUACUAGGAAAACAAAAACUGGCAAAGAGAAUGGACAUAUUUCAACGCUUCACCAGCAGCACGAAUGCUGUCCUUUUCGCAACGGAUAUCGCUGCUCGUGGUCUAGACUUCCCCGCUGUGGACUGGGUUGUCCAGCUCGACGCACCAGAAGAUGCAGACACGUACAUCCAUCGUGUUGGCCGUACGGCGCGAUACGAUUCCGCAGGAAAGGCGCUGCUGUUCCUCCUUCCGAACGAAGAGGAGGGGAUGCUCAAAGAACUAGAGCGGAAAGAAGUGCGCGUGGAGAAGAUCAAGGUGAAGGAGAGCAAGACGCAGAGCGUGGCGCAAAGCUUGCAAAGCUUUUGCUUCAAGGAUCCGGAAAUGAAGUACCUCGGCCAGCGGGCAUUUGUCAGCUACCUCAGAUCCGUGUGGCUGCAGAAGAACAAGGAAGUGUUUAACUUGGAGGAGAUGCCGAUCAAGAAGUUUGCCGCAAGCUUAGGGUUGCCGGGCGCACCGAGGAUUAGGUUCAGGAGGGGACAGGGGGAAGAUGGGAAGGAGAAGAAGAACAAAAGUAGAACACUUGCAGCUGAGGGGAACAUCAGAGGGGGAAAGAAGGGGUCGGAAGACGAGGAUGAUAGUGGGGACAGUGAGCAGGAGGGCGACAACGAAGAUGACGAAGAUGCGGCAGCAACACAGUUUGCCGCUGCUGUCGUCGAGGCUACCAUGGAGGAGCCUGAAACUGUCGCACCUACGAAAACCAAGUCCACCGUUCGCACAAAAUACGACCGCAUGUUCGAGCGGAAGAACCAGAACAUCCUCUCCGCACAUUAUACCAAGCUUGUUGACCACACGGCUGAAGGGGAUGCGGAUGACUCUGAAGACUUCCUCACUCUGAAACGAGUAGACCACGCGUUGGAGGAAGACGAGGAUGGUCCGGGAAGCAAUGAUCUCAGCAAGCGGAAGCUGAAGAUUGGUCAGAGCAAGAAGGCGAGGCUGAGAUUCAAGGGGGCAGGAACGAAGCUGGUGUUUGACGACGAAGGGGAAGGGAGGGACGCGUAUGCGCUGGAGGAUGAUACGGAGUUUAACAAGGGUGAUGUGAAGGCUGCAGGCCGGGAGUUCGCGGAGAGGGAGAGGGAACAGUUGAAAGUGGUAGAUGUGGUAGAUCGGGAGACGGUCCGGGAGAAAAGGAGGGAGAAGAAGAGGAGGAGGAAGGAGAGGGAGCGGGAUAUGGCUGGCGGGGCGGAGGACGAGGAUGGUCCUGUGUUGGCGAGGGGAGAGGAGGAAGGAGAUGCAGACGAUGGGUAUGUCAGCCCGGACUUUGGCUUUAUACCGGACGAGAGCGAGGAAGAGAAAGAGGGGAGGCCGGCCAAGAAACGGAAGAAGCGUAUGGCCUUUGAGCGAGAAGGGAGGGAGGAUUUAGAUGCACAGGAGGCACUUGCGCUUGAGUUGCUACAAGGAGCAUUAUAG